AACACGAUCUGACAAUCAAGAUGGCGUCAGUUUUCACCACGAAUAUAUUAUAAGAUUUACACUUGAAAAUUUUUUCGAUUUUAUUUCGCAGAGUUUUAAAGAAUAUUUAGGUAAUGUCGCAAAGAUUUGCUCCUGGUCAACCAGGUCAAUCUCCAGUGCCUGCACAACCGCGUUAUCAACCGCCACCAUCUCAAACUGCCAGCAUGAGACCUUACGCAGCAGGCACAGGAUUUCCGCGUGGGUUUCCUUUACAUCCCAGUACGCCACAACCAGUGGCUGGGAAUACUAAUCCUCCGGGUGGACCAUCCUUACAUCAACGUGCCUCUCAGCCAGGUUUCCAAAGUGGCUUAAGAGGCAGUGGUUCAGGAGGGGGCAGUAAACGUUCCGCGGAAUCGCGUAAUAUAAGUAGUGCUCAAAACAAGGGUGAUUUUGUGCCUGCCAAAAAGAAGAAAAAAUUGGCUGACAAAAUUUUGCCACAAAAAGUGCGAGAUUUAGUACCGGAAUCACAAGCUUACAUGGACUUGCUGACAUUCGAACGUAAAUUAGAUGCCACAAUUAUGAGAAAGCGUCUAGAUAUACAAGAAGCCUUAAAGCGCCCUAUGAAACAGAAACGUAAAUUACGUAUAUUUAUAUCGAAUACGUUUUAUCCAAGUAAAGAGCCUACCAACGAGGGCGAUGAGGGUUCAGUAGCCUCUUGGGAACUACGUGUAGAAGGCCGAUUAUUAGAAGAUGGCAAAGGCGAUCCAAAUACUAAGAUUAAGCGUAAAUUUUCUUCGUUUUUUAAAUCUUUGGUUAUAGAAUUAGAUAAGGAAUUGUACGGCCCUGAUAAUCAUUUGGUGGAAUGGCACCGUACUCACACUACGCAAGAGACAGAUGGUUUUCAAGUCAAAAGGCCAGGCGAUCGCAAUGUUCGUUGUACCAUACUUUUACUAUUAGAUUAUCAGCCUUUGCAAUUUAAGCUGGAUCCACGUUUGGCUCGCCUUCUGGGAGUGCAUACUCAAACGCGCCCGGUUAUUAUUUCAGCUUUAUGGCAGUACAUUAAAACUCAUAAGUUGCAAGAUGCUCACGAACGCGAGUAUAUUAACUGCGAUAAAUAUCUGGAGCAGAUUUUUGGUUGUCAACGCAUGAAAUUUGCUGAAAUACCGCAAAGGCUUAAUCCUUUACUGCAUCCGCCAGAUCCGAUCGUCAUUAAUCAUUUCAUAGAAAGUGGAGCUGAAAAUAAGCAAACUGCUUGCUACGAUAUUGAUGUUGAAGUUGAUGAUACGCUUAAAAAUCAAAUGAACAACUUUUUAAUUAGCACUGCCAGUCAGCAAGAGAUACAAGGUCUCGAUGCCAAAAUCCAUGAGACCGUGGAUACAAUUAAUCAAAUGAAAACCAAUCGAGAAUUUUUCCUAAGUUUUGCAAAAGAUCCGCAAACGUUUAUACAACGUUGGAUUGUUAGUCAGACCAGGGACCUAAAGGCGAUGACCGAUGUAGCUGGUAAUCCCGAAGAAGAACGGCGAGCUGAGUUUUAUUAUCAGCCUUGGACUCACGAGGCUGUCUCCCGUUAUUUCUUCACAAAAGUCAAUCAGAAACGAGCCGAACUGGAACAAGUUUUGGGUAUACGUAGUGGUUAAUAUUAUUCUAGUUUAUGCGUCAAACUAGAACAAAAAACGUUUUUCCCUCACUAUAAUUUUCUCUUCUCUCACGCUUGUGCUAGAAUUAAGAUAAUUUUGCUUUUUUAAGAUGACGUUCAUUUCUUAAACAUUCGUAUGUGACAAGCUACAAAACUAAACACUUACUAAAACUACUAAACUUAUAAUUUGACAUUUGAUUUCAUUAGAAAAUAUCUGGAAGUAUUAAAAUAAAAUUUAACGAAUUAGUAAUCAUUCACAUUAAAUUAUCAACUAAGUUAUAUAGAGAAAAAUGGCAUGAUCAAAAGCCGCAAGUGGAAUGUUUGUAUCUAUAAUGAAAUUUAUUUCGUAAUCAUUUCAAAUUGACGUAAAUUAGUUUGUUAGAACGGGUUGGGUAAUGUAUAUACAAAAUAUUUGUCAGAUAAAUAUAGGUUAUAAGUACUAAAAAAA